CAGCACAUGAUUAUUUUAUGGCUUAUGAUAUAUCAUUUUUUAACAAGUAUCUGAAAUCUGGGUUAGAUUUAAAAGUGCACUUUUUUAAGUGACAUCCCCAACUCUAGUGUGAAAGAAAAACCAAAGUACCAAACUACUUGGAAGCCAAACUUAGGAUCUGACUUGAAGCAACUUGGAAGCAUUAUUGGAUUCUGCGGUGUCUUGUCCGUUGGGUUUCCUAACACGCUUCCUGGGGUGAGAAUGAUGAUUUGGCCCAGUUGUUGAGUCUGCUUCUGGCUGGUGAUUUAUAAGCGAGAAUUAUGGCUGGGGAGGUUGAAGAAUCAUUUAGCAUGAAUUUUCAGGCAGAUUCUAUACAUUCUGGCUCUAUCUCAUUUGGAAGGUUUGAGAAUGAACCUUUAUCAUGGGAAAGAAGGUCCUCUUUCUCUCACAAUAGGUACUUGGAGGAGGUUGAGAAAUGUUCAAAACCAGGUUCAGUUAUUGAGAAGAAAGCAUAUUUUGAAGCUCAUUUCAAGAAGAAGGGUUAUUUUGGUAUUAUUCCAUCUACAUGUCAUGACGGAUCAGAUAGAGAAACCAGUGAAAAUGAUAGCUCAGAGAGAAUUGGCAAGCCAGAGGAUUUUGAGUCAAAUGAUGGCCAUUAUGUUCAAUUUGAUGAAAUGUCCCAAGAGGAUUUUGAGCUAGAUGAAGGUGGCCUAUAUGUUGUUGAAAUGGAGCAAGGAUCUCAUGAAGAUUUUGAGCCAAAUGAAGACAGUCAUUAUGUUCAAUUUGGGGAAAUCCCUGUUGACUCAGAUUAUCAUGGAAAGUGUGGUGUGAAUAGAUAUGAAAUAGAAGAUACUGUCAUAGAAUGUCCAAUGGUUCCAUUUUCAAGUCUACAGAUGGUAUCUGCUAUGAACAACUCUAACAAUUUGGAGAAUGCCAAUAAGAUAAGUAUUACUUUCGAUGAAGCUCAUCAAUCUGAAAAUGAAACAAGUAACAUACUCUCAGAUAAUGACAAGGUGAUUACAGAAGUGAAAAAGGAUGAUGAUGAUGCUGCAAGUACUGAUGAAUCAUCAAUAAAUAUGAACAUGAAUGUGAAUGAAUCAGUGUGGGGUAUUGAGGAAACAAUUUUGCGUGAUCCUACAACUCCUUCUCCCAAGGAAACAAAGCGUGAGCCUCAACUGAAUUCUGAUGUCAACAAUGUUCGAGUUCAGAAAAGCACUUCUAGGUCAUCUGAGGAUCCACCAAGGAUUCCCAGUAGGGAGAGUCCAAGGAGAAUGAAUGUGGAAAAGAAUUUGUCAAAGCAUGCAAUUCCAACUACUUAUUCAGCUAGCAAAACCGCCAAAGUUUCUAAAAAUGAGGAAAAACUAAUUCGUGAAGGCAAAAGUGAAAAUGUAUCAAGAGUGAAAAAAGCUUCAGAAUCCCAACCUUCUGUUUUAAAAUCAGCUUCCAAAGGCAUUCAAGAAGCAGAGAGGCUGAACCAAACUUUCAAUUCUACGAAGUCCAAUGUUAAGCCUAGAGCUGCAGCUUUCAACUUUAAAUGUAGUGAACGUGCAGAAAGGAGGAAAGAGUUCUACAUGAAGUUAGAAGAAAAAUUGCAUGCAAAGGAAGCAGAGAUGAAUCAAAUGCAAGCAAUAUCACAGGAAAAGACACAAGCUGAUAUUAAAAAACUCCGGAAGAGCCUCAACUUUAAAGCAACACCAAUGCCUUCAUUUUAUCGCACAACUUUGCCUUCACAACCACAGGGGAAUAAGUCCGAAUCAAAUAACACCAGAAGUAAGAAAGUACAGAAUAAACCAAAAUGUCCAGCGACUGGAACAGAUGCAACAUUGCCUUUGAAAUUGAAGAUGGGGAAUGGUCAAGGUGCUGAUGAAGCUGUAACAGAAAAAGAACAACGUAGCAUCUGGAUUGAAGAGAGCGCCGAAACUAAUGCAUCUGAAGCUAGUUUCGCUUCUCCUGCUCCGUCUAAUUCUGUGACAAGUAAUCGUGCUUCUGGAAAGAAAGAAGAAGCAAAGGUUUCUUCACAAAAACAUAGGGUAUCAGAUAGUUGUAAAGGAGCUAGAUAUCAAAACAAUGAAGGAAAUAAAAGUGGUAAAACCGCUAUACACAGAAAUGAUAUGACAAGGAAAGGAGUGAAGAAGGUUGGUUUGAGAAGCAGUUCUAAAAGUGGAAAUCUUGCUGUACGUGUUGCCUCUUGAAGAAGUUGCCUCUUUAAUUUCCAAUUUGAGGUAGUUAAAAUCUCUUUCAAGUUCCAGCAUAAAAUGCAGCGGAAUGAUUACCACCAUACAUAUAUUAAUUAAGGCAUAUUGCACAUUGAGAUAGUAGCAUUUCUUGUAUGUUAUUCACAAUAUUCAUUUGAUGGUAUAGCUGAAGCAAAUUAUGGUACAACUUGAUCCAAGUUACAACGAUGUUUGCUAGUAUUUAUGUAUGCAGCAAAUAUAGCCAGCCAGUUACGUAGUAACGG